GACGAGUGGGUGGCCCGCCCGUUUGGCGGCUUGUCCUACAGGAUGACACAGGUGCUCACCGGGCAUGGUUGUUUCGGUGAGUACCUGUGCAGGAUAAGGAGGGAGCCAACGAAACAGUGCCACCACUGUGGCGCCGCCCGGGACUCCGCGCGGCACACGCUGGAAGAGUGUCCAGCGUGGGAAGAGCUGCGCGGAGUCUUGAGGGCCGAAGUGGGAGAUGACCUCUCCCUGCCGGCCAUCAUCAGUCAGAUGGUCGGCAGGGAGAGCGCCUGGAAGGCGGUCUCCUCCUUCUGCGAGCGAGUCAUGCUGCAGAAGGAGGAGCGUUUCAAUUGUGAACCGUUGCCAUACGUUCUUGGCAUGAGCGUAUUCAUGCUCUGA